AUGUUCAGAGUUUUUGUAUUAUUAGUCCUUUUGCCGGUCAUUGUGGGACAGAAUAAACAAUUCUUAAAUUUGGGCUUGAGCAAUAUUGUCAAACAAAACCGCUACAAUGAUGUACCCCAACAAAAUGCUGAAUAUGAUUUUAUAAUAGUUGGCGGUGGACCAGCUGGUUGUGUGUUGGCCAAUCGUUUGUCAGAGAAUCCCAACUGGCAGGUGUAUCUUAUUGAAGCGGGCGGCUUAGAGGGCAUUGCACAUCAAAUACCCUCUUUGGCAGCCUAUUUACAAAGCACCCAUUCCAAUUGGGGCUAUAAGUCGGUGCCACAAAAGGCUUCAUGUAGGGGCAUGCCCAACAAUGAAUGUAAUUUACCGCGUGGCAAGGUUUUAGGUGGCACUAGUUCCAUUAAUUUUAUGAUUUAUAAUCGUGGCAAUAGGAGAGACUUUGAUAGAUGGGCCGAAUUUGGUAAUGAUGGUUGGUCAUAUCAAGAGGUCUUGCCCUAUUUCCUAAAAUCGGAAAAUGCUCAGCUUCAGGGCUUGGAAUAUUCUCCCUACCACAAUCAUUCGGGUCCUUUAAAUGUGGAAGAUGUUAAGUUUAGAACAAAAUUUGUGCAUGCCUAUGUUAAGGCGGCCCAAGAGGCGGGUUAUGCCAAAACCGAUUAUAAUGGUGAAUCACAAAUAGGUGUUUCCUAUGUACAGGCAAAUACUUUAAAUGGACGACGACAUAGUGCCUUUAAAGCCUACAUAGAACCCAUUAGAGAGAGUAGGAAAAAUUUGCAUAUAGUAACUCUAGCUCGUGUCACCAAGGUAUUAAUAGAUCCCCAGACUAAAAGGGCCUAUGGGGUGAGAGUAUUACAUCGCAAUAUCUUAUAUACCAUAAGAGCUCGCAAGGAAGUAAUUUUAUCAGCUGGAGCUUUUAAUUCACCCCAAAUACUUAUGUUAUCGGGUGUUGGACCCCGCGAUAAUCUUCAGGCUAUAGGAGUGCCCAUUAUAAAAGAAUUGCCGGUGGGAAAAUUGAUGUAUGAUCACAUGUGUCAUUUUGGUCCCACCUUUAUUACCAAUACAACCGGACAAACCAUUUUUACCUCACGCUUAAAUGCCAAAAUUGUCAAAUCUUAUGUUACUGGGGAUCCCAGCACCCUACUCUCCUCUAUAGGUGGUGUAGAAGCUUUAACAUUUGCCAAAGUACCCAAUUCCCGGGAACCCAGCGAUAUGCCAGAUGUGGAGUUUAUUAAUGUUGCCGGAAGUCUGGCUUCAGAUGAUGGCACAGCUCUCAAGGGCGCCAAUUUUAAACCAGAAAUCUACACCAAAGUUUACAAACCUCUCAACGAUGCCCAACAAGAUCACUUUACCUUUCUCAUUAUGCUGUUUCAUCCCAAAUCAGUGGGUAGAAUAUGGCUGUACAAUCGCAAUCCCCUAGAAUGGCCACGCAUAAAUCCCAAUUAUUUUGAUAACUCCGAAGAUGUAGAAUUCCUAUUGCAGGGCAUUAAAGAAGCCACACGCAUUACACAAAUGCCGUCAAUGCAACGUGUUGGAACACGUUUACACACCAUACCCACACCAGGUUGUGAAGCUUAUCAAUUUGGCUCUGAUGAUUAUUGGCGUUGUUCCAUACGUGUCAUGUCUUAUACAUUACACCAUCAAGUGGCUACAUGUCGCAUGGGUCCCGCUUACGAUCCAACCACUGUGGUGAAUGCAAAACUUCAAGUUCAUGGUAUUGAGGGUUUGCGUGUUGCCGACACCAGUAUUAUACCAUUUCCACCAACAUGUCAUACCAAUGCUGCAUCGUUUAUGAUUGGCGAAAAAGCAGCUGAUAUGAUACGUUCGUUAUGGUCGUAA